AUGGCCGUCACCAAUGCUUCCAUCGCUUCUUUCUUCGCCGUCCACGCAACCAAGCUUUCCGAUCCGCUCUCCAUUCCUCUACCAUCAUCUCUCUCGUUCACCCUCCGCUCCUCCCUCAGGAACAAGAAUAUUAUACAUGCUUCUUCUUAUGACUUGAAUGCAGUUGAUUCAGCUUCACCGAAAUCCAAUAAAAACCUUGAUAGUGUUCCAAUGCCAAUAGUUCUGAUUGAUCAAGACUCACAUUCUGAAGCAACACUUGUGCAACUUAGCUUUGGCGAUCGCCUUGGAGCUCUUCUUGACACGAUGAAAGCAUUAAAAGAUUUGGGACUGGAUGUUUCAAAGGGAACUGUCUCUACGGAGGGACCAGUGAAGCAAACCAAAUUUUUUAUUACACAAUCAGAUACUGGGCGUAAAGUUGAAAAUCCUGAUAUGUUAGAGAGAAUUCGACUUACCAUUAUCAACAAUCUGUUGCAGUAUCAUCCUGAGUCCAGUGAACUUCUAGCGAUGGGUGAAGUGUUUGGUCUAAAGGAUCCAAAAAAGAAGCUUGAUAUUGAAAUUGCAACUCAUAUUCAAGUUAAGGAAGAUGGACCCAAGAGGAGCUUGUUGUGCAUCGAGACAGCAGAUAGGCCGGGAUUGCUAGUUGAAAUAAUCAAAGUCAUUGCAGAUGUGAACAUUGAUGUUGAGUCUGCCGAGAUCGACACAGAAGGUUUGGUCGCCAAGGAUAAAUUUCAUGUCAGUUACGGCGGGGCUGCAUUAAACAGAUCAAUGUCUCAGGUUUUGGUAAACUGUCUGCGUUACUACCUCCGGAAGCCAGAAACCGAUAUUGAUAGUUACUGA